AUGGAAGCCAGCAUUUUGGCAGAAUUGCUUCAGGCAAAUGAUAAUUUAGAUUUGAAUUUAGCAGCACUGGAGCAGCUAUCCUCAAUUGUGCUACAGGCAGAAAGUGCUGAUUCACUCAAAAAAUUUUAUCCUCCCACGAGUUUUGUUCCAAUCUUGGUCAACUUCUUUCUUGAUGCAUCUGUUGAGACUAUUGUUCUUGAAACAGCGGCUCGAGUUAUGACAUACUACGUACAGCUAUUACCGUUUGACACAAUUGCUUCCUUGACAGAUCAAGAAUCACUGUUUUGCGCUAUUGCGCAUCGAAUAUCUCGAUGCGAUCUUAAUAGCAAAAUCGAGAGCGAUCUUGCCCAGCAGCUAAUAAAGAAAAGGGCAACUGGUCAAAAGGUGCAAGAUCUUCGACGGUGGAUUUUCAAGUUACUUAACUUAUCCCUUCAUCGUGAUGCCAUUGUUAAAUUUGGCGCCCUAGAAAGCCUAAACAAUAUUGUGAAUUUCUACCUCAAAUAUUCGGUGCAUCUUGGCUGUAUGAAUGAGGCCUUAAAUGGUGACCGUUUACUCGAAUGCUUGCUAUUUUUGCUGAUGUCAGACAUGGAAUCCUUCAGUCACUUCUCCAAGCUUGCACACUCGGAUUUUGAACCAUUGAUUCUAAACCUGCUUGACGGCCUAAUCUACAUCACUCUUUACGAAGAAAAUGAGCCGUUCGUUGUGCAGCAGUCACCCUCUAUCUGUACAACUGCAGAUGAUCCGGAGAUUAGAGAAUCCUGGAAAAGAUUUCAGGCAUACGUCUCUUUCCGUGUUUCUACAGAAGUUAAGGAGUCACCGUUUGCAUCCUUCUUCGUCCCUCAAGAUGGGCAAGAUUAUUCUCCAUUUCGGUCAAAACUGGAUAAUCUUGGCUUAUCGAACGAUUUAGACAUUGUCAGCAAUGUAUUUCAUCUUUGGAUUAAGCGCGCAAUAGUGAAUAAAACAAGUAUAGUCGAUAUACUUAUGGCUAUGAAUGCUGUGCAAAUGAGGACUUGUUGGUACGACUUGGGGGGGCGAUCUCUACUCGCCUCGGCUGUAGACAGUCGCUAUCCAUCCGCGAUGAUGGCUUUGGUUAAUCGCGGGUCAGAUCCAAAUUCUGGUCUCAAAGAAACUCCUUUACAUGUCGCCGCCUCUCAAAGUGAUCUUGAAUCUUUGCGCUUUCUCCUCUCUCUUCGAAAUAGUAAUGUUGGAGUUGCUACCAAUCCACUUCUUCGUGAUACGCUUGGUCGUACUCCAAGGGAGUGUUGCGAAAAGAGCGACUUAGCUGAACUGCUAAGAAUUAAUGAAGAAGAGUUCCAAGCACAGUUCGGAAUCUUGCAAGAAGGAACAUCGGGGCAACUCAUGAAGAAAAGCCUUCCACUGCUCAUUAGGGGAUACAAUACGAGCAUGAACCCUUUGUUAAGAUUACAGGCCCUUUGUUUGAUAACCCGUGUCUGCCGUUCCUGUCCUGGAUAUGCUAUGAUCAAUCUCACAUUGAAAGAAGAGGAACAGGAAACUUCGAAGAACCAGACCAUACGAUUUUCUCUACGAACUCAGCUUCUCAAUCUUAUCACAUCAGGGCUCAAUCAAGGGUGUACAUCGGAGGCAUGCCAAGUGCUCUCCCUAAUUUCGGCGCUUGUGGAUCACCCGGGUGUACGGGAGGGUUUACAGCGUCACGGAGUGCUCGAAUUCCUUUCAUGGCGAUUAGAGGCUGAAGCCCUAUUAAAGGAAAAUUUACAAGAUGUGAGUGAACACGAGAAAAAGUGGAUUAUUUAUCUGCCCAACGACCUGACUGAUCCAGAGGAAUAUGUAGCGUUAUACAUUGAAGUAAAACUGCGUCAAAUAUUGGAUUACUUGAUGGUUCCGACAAUUUUCGCAACCCUUCUUACAUGUCCUGAAGUCAUGAAGGGCGAAGAAACACAAUCCACUCCUGAAAUAGAUCAGGCUAGAGCGAGGAACUUGGAAAAGCUUGAGGCGAAAACAAUCAUCCUCGGUUCAAGUGCUGAAGGUGGUCAGAUCAGAGAUAAUGAAGACGCGACCUCCCAGUGGUUAAAAUGUCAAGCGUGCAUUAUGCGAACGUGCGGUUGUAAAGCUGGUGUCAUCCCCUUGCCUCUCAAGUGUACGCAAGCAAAGGUAUCCAGUCCAGAGACCUUACACGGUACAUGUGGUACUCUACUUUGUAAGCCAGAGUACAAACUCCCUAUCGAGAAAACCGUUGCAUCUUCUAGUAAGCUUGCUCCCGAAGAUAGAGCCUGUGUCACAAAGAAGACUUCUAUCGCCACCUGCAGGGAGCUUAAUCCUGAGAAAAGGCCGCUUUCCGCACCCACUACAAAGUCGCCUUCAGAUUCUACUGAUAAUCAUCGUUUUGUGGAUCUGUCAACACCAAAUCAGGAAAGUCCGAGUAUUUUUAAUUUCGAUUAUACCCGAACUCGUUUACGCACCACAGAGAGUGAUUUUGAAUCUGAAGGAAAUCAAAAUUCAAAAACUAAGGUCAAUCCACUGAAUCGGCUAACUGCAGGACUUCUAUCUCUCAGUGUUAGCUCAUCAGGGCUUGUAGUGGGCCUGAGAGAAGCUGUGGGAGCGGAACGGUACCUGAAAGCCCUUGAAACUGCAGAUAAUGAGAUGGUUACAUGUAAUCACAUUGAGUGCACCGGAGCUUUCGACCCAGAUUUUUAUCGGCACUCAAUUAAGAGCUGGAUCAAGGAUCGAGAAGAACAAAAAACUGCUAAACAAACCUUAUUAGAUGAUGUCAGCUCGGAGAAAAUUAUCAUUUCACCGUCAAGAUUUGGUGGUGUAAGGUUUUUCGGAACAGAUGGCUCAUUGAUUUAUAGAGCUAACGCUUUUUCGCGAACUGCCAGAUUACAAAGACUUCAUCCUUUUCUUGAGUCUCUGACGCUCAGUCAAAGAAAACUCCUCCGAACCUUCUAUCGUAGUUGCUACCUUCGGAAGCUUCGUGAUUGUUUCAUUCAAAGAGGCACCGAACUUUUGGAAACACUGAAACCCAUAGUUACAGCAGAGUACAGUAAAUACACGUUAACUCUCAUGAGCAUGGCAAGGACCUGCGAGAAUAUAACAAAGUCUGAAUGUAAAACUCACAAAAUUGAGUUAUCACAAUGUCCCUCCUUGCAUGAUUCCAUAUCUAACGCUACGCCCUACGAAGUUGUCACUUCUGAAUUGAUUCCAGCUCUACUAGCUUUGUUUAAGCACUGUUCGCACGACCGUCUAAGAGAUUUGUGUUCGUGGGGAGAUUCCAGUGUCUUCAAUAAUGGUAUAGUCACAUCUCAACAGCGUGUUUUGAAGAACUUAUUUGAGGAUGCUUUGGAAGGACUUAUUAGAAAACUUAUCGAAACAUUUGAGUUAUUUGAAAGGUAUCCUUUAGCCUUGCCUAACCUUGGGGGCUCCUAUGAACAACUCGUUCAACGCUCAAUUUAUUUGCAACCGAAAUUGCGAGGUAUCUCGAGGACUCAGUCUCCUUCAAUGGCCGGUAGACAAAUACAUUCAAGAAAAGUCGAUCUCUCCAAUUAUCGCAUCUACACAGCGCCCCUGGUAACUUUUCACCAGCUGCGGAAUUGGCUCCAAGAGAAGACAGAUAAUUCGCCCUGGUAUAUGGAUGUACUUGAAAGCGUAGGAUUCAUGCAAGACGUGUCAAAACCGGAUCAAGAAAUACUCCUCGUGCCCCCAUCAGAAAGUGUGGCCAAUUUAGAAUCGGAUGUCACUAAAGUUGAAAAAAGUGAAAAUCUAAAGAUCUACUUCGGUGGCCUUUUCCAUUGGCUUAGCACAAAUGGAGGCCGAGAACUAAAAAAUCGCGUGAAUCCUGCCCGCUUCUUCAAAAGGAUAAAAAUAAGCACAUCAGACACCAAAAUCAACAAUCGACCAUUCCAUCUAAGUAACAUAAUCUACAAAGAAGACAGUAACAAGGGUGAUGAGGAUUCGACUCAAACUCAUUCACCUGUCUGGAUUAAGAUCAACGUACGCGGGCCCCAAAGUCAUAUCGUUCCGAUGUUAAACCAACCCUGGAUCUUUAUUGAUACGGGAUUCCUGUUGGAAACGAGCCACUACCUCAUAAAGGUUCCGAUGUCAUCCGGUCAGUGGCCUCGUUUGCAGCAUUGGAAGUUGUUGGCUUCUGAUGACAGCAAAUCGUGGGACUUGCUUUCUGAGCAUCAUGUCUAUCCUCGAGGCCAAACUCCAUCUUCAUAUUGGGGUUCCCAAGGAGAGCGAAUCUGGGCCGUGAACUCACCGAGGACUCCUUAUCGCUUUUACUGGUUGAUUAGUCUCCUUCAUCCCCAUAUUGGAUCCACAGAACCUGAAGCUUACCCGAAUUCAGGGAGCACUCCCAACCUCUCUCUUGGCCAACUUAAUGAGUCUUCAAAUUUCAUUGAACUGCAAAAUAUCGAAUUUUAUGGAUGCUUAAAAAGCGUCUGCUUAACUUCUAAGUUUGACGUCAUUGAAGACACGGUUGAUUAUCUUGCACAGAUCAAGCCAGGAAUUAUAGUAGUUUUAAAAAAUUUCCAACUUCCAGAAAGCUAUUUGAAAGAAAUAUGGCCACCUUCUUCCAAAAAUGAUGGAGAAAAUCCACCUUGGCUGUCAGAGGCAUCAUCAUUGUCAUUGGGACUAGUGCUCUCGAGAGUUGAGAGCGGUUAUGCAACAGUUGCCUGGUUCAAGCCCAUCCCAAAUGAAAAUCAGGGCGAGUGUUCAUCUUGUGUGGUCAUAGAACGCUCACCAAAGGGGAAAGAUAACAGCAGCCAGCCCAGUAGAUUUAUUUUCUCAAGUCAUGUAGUAAAUCACACUUCAUUAAUGGAAUUAGCUCUUCCUGAUCCUGAGAAUUUGGCCCUACAAAGCUUUGCCAAAAACAUAGCACUUUGUGGAAACUUGACCACUGUGAUGGAAGAGGAAUGGGGCUUACGACAAAAUACAGCAACACAAAAUUCUGUUGUAUCGAUAGACCAGCCUUUGGGUGAAGAAGUUAUAAGACAAAAGAAAGGCGAAACCUUGGAGACAUUACAUUCACCCCAGUUAUCGGCUUCAACACCUGUCAAUUUCGGUCAGCUAGUUCUGCCUUACUGCGGGGAAGCAUUUCGGCUGAGUGACUUCCACUUUAAUAUUUCUUUUUAUGGGUCAUCUCUAUCACCACUACGGACUUUGCAUAGUGGAAGCUCGACAGUCUGUGCACUCGAUUCAUCAUCCCAGGACGUCGAUUACCGUUUAACAGCCCCACACGCAUAUGACAUCCUCACACGUGGCAUCGAUAGCUCUAAUCAAUCCAAGAUCGCUACUCUUGAUGCGAAUUUACCGGGCUUUAUUCCGCCCUUCGACUCGAGAUCGGGUAGUCAGUCACAACCAGCCACGAUAGCGUUCGAUCCCAGCGAAGGGAAUUAUGAAUUACGAGGAGAGACGGAUCUGAGGAGUCAGAAGUUGCAUUUAUGGCUAAGUUGGAAUAGAUCUGAUCCAAGUGAAGAUGGGAUGUCAGCAUCGAGCUUGAAUUCAGUGAAGAUAACUAUUCCUGGUCCUAGAGGUCAACAACCGCUUCCAAAUUCCGACAUUUCAAUUUUCCACUGCUGGAUGGAAGGAAUCGGAGUGGCUGAAGAAUUUCCUGGAUGCGGAAGGCUAAAACGACCAAUUAGUCCGACUUUGAGUAACUGCCAACGGACGUACACACUUAAUUACUCCUAUGAUUUGAAGCCGUCCGCAAUUUCCGAGGAGGGAUUACAUGGAGAAGAUAAUGCGUCACUCAUUUACUCGUCAUUAGACAAACUCCCCUUCAUUAUUCCACAUUCAGAUAACACUCCCGGUCAAAAAAUUACUAGCGCCGAUUUGGUGGAACAAUGUCUGAGCCUCCUGCAUAUUCUCCAUGAUGUCGCAUCUUCGAGUGAUCCGAACCAGCAGCCACUUACUUCCUUUUUCAAAGGCGGCGUCAUGAAUCCCAUGUCUCACCCUCUGUCUUGUGCUGCAGACGCCUUCUUUUCAUCACGUCUAAGAAGAAAAGUUCAAACAUUUAUGGAUAAUCCAUGGUCCAUUAUUCAAGCGGCAGGAAAUCCCGUUUCGACAAAGAUUUCAGACGAAAUAGAUAAAAAUAGCAUUGAUAUGAUCACCUGGUGCAGAAUGCUAAUGCAGAAAUAUCAUUUUCUAUUUCCUUUCUCCAUACGAGUCGACUUCUGGCAAGUUACGAGCUUGGGACUUGGCAGGUCGAUUACCUGGCUUCAGCAGCAGCAACAAAGACAAACUGGAGGUCAGUUGUCUGUUUUCGGUGGUAUUGGUGGUGCUCACGCGAUUCUGGGUGCAUAUUCUCAAAGUGCUGACGUCGAAUCAAAUUCUGCUACCAUCCUGAAGCUUCGGAUUUCAGCUUCCGACUUCAGUUAUCUGUGGGGACCAUCAAUACUUCUCAACUUUACGAAAGAAUCUGACAAGGAUCUCACUUGUACAGACGAUUGGAUUGAGGAUGGCAGUACCCCAGUAGCAGAUAAUAUAGAGUCACUCAACCGUUUGCCCCAUCCACAGACGCCUCCGCUGGGAUUUGACACCAGUACUGUGACUAGCACAUCAAGCUCCCCGCCUUCCUACACUCAGGCCAACGGUCUCAACUUGUUGGGUCGCCUGCAGCGCGAGGUGGCGAGCGUCCCUCGACCGUCAGACAUGGAGGAGGAUGGUCAAUGUAGUUUUUGGCCUGCCGCAGUGCGGCUUCUCAUUGCACACGCUACGAGAAAGCAGGAGCUGGAAGUUGGCUUCGAGAAUGAGGAGGGCACCGGGUUGGGACCUACUAUGGAGUUUUAUGCGCGGAAAUCACAUUGUAUAUGGGUGGCAGAUUACGCUAGUACUGAGAAAGGUUUUGGAGAGCAUGUGAAAAUUGCGGCUGAAAAGGGCGAAUUAGAAAAGGGCUGGCGAGUGAGUGGGUCCGAGAAGGUAAUAUAUGUACACCCGAGAAAUGGCCUCUUUCCAGCUGCGUGGCCAGCAAACGCGCUGCCGCAAGGAGCGGAAGAGCGCUUCCGCGUCCUCGGCAUCGCCCUCGCCAAGUGCCUUCAGGAUCAACGUCGAAUGGAUCUUCAUUUUUCGACGAGUUUUUUGAAACUGCUAAUGGACCAUGGAAAAACCGAAACGAGUGAUUUAGCCCGAAGGUUGGAGGAUUUUAUGGAAAUUUAUCCAGAACAAGGCAAAUUCUUUUUGCUAUGCCUUAAAUAUUUAAAUUGCGCAAAGACAACUGCAUCCACCCCUGAGGAUCGUGAACAGCUCGAAGUGAAGUACUUUUCUUCGAAACUAUCCGAUCUUUGUCUUACUAUGGAGUUCCCCUCAAUCACCACGAAGUUUGGCCAAAGUUCAUUUAGACUGGAGGAUAGAUAUGAUUGGGAUAACCCUGAAUCUCGCAUCCAACCACAACAGCAUAUUGAGGAAGCAAAAGUGAUAGACUAUGAAAAUCUGGAAAUUUACAUCAAAAGAUCGAUCGAUUUUGCAAUGAAUAAAGGCAUCGAAAAGCAAAUAAAGGCUUUAAGAGCAUCCAAACAAGAUGCUAUUUCACGAAGACACUCCAGACCGAAACUCAUUUCUCGUAUUCAUAAUUUAUCAGUGAUCGGUGUUUUCUACGUUUCAGACGGGUUCAAUCUGGUUUUUCCGCUGGAAACGUUAGCCAUCUUUACUCCCGACGAAUUAAGUCAGCUAAUAUCAGGAGAUAUGUCACCAAAUAAAUGGACUUAUGAAGAAAUGUUAGCCGCAUUUGAACCUGUGGCCGGCUACACACGACAGUCACCAACCUACUUGAUGCUUCUGGACGUUCUGUUAGACUUCACAGGACUCGAAAGAAAGUGCUUUGUAAAAUUUGUAACUGGUUCACCUAAUCUUCCACCAGGAGGAUUCAGAAAUCUUCACCCCAAAAUAAAGGUAGCGAAAAAGGAUGCGGGCACCUCCGGACCAUACCCCAGUGUAAACACCUGCAUGCACUACCUAAAACUACCCGAAUACGACACAGCGGUACAAUUGAAGGAGAAGCUGCUGGAUGCCGCAACCCAGCCCGGGUUUUUCCUGAACUAA